AUGGCUGCCUCCACCUCCACAGAGACGAAGUCAGCCUCCUGGUGGAAUUAUUUCUUCCUUUACGAUGGCUCAAAGGUAAAGGAAGAAGGAGACCCAACAAGAGCUGGGAUUUGCUACUUUUAUCCGGCUCAGACCCUGCUUGACCAACAGGAGUUGCUUUGUGGACAGAUCGCUGGCAUUGUCCACUGCGUCUCUGAUGUGUCUGGCGCUCCUCUCUCUCUCGUCCGCCUACGGAAACUGAAGUUUGCCAUAAAGGUCGACGGAGAUUUCCUCUGGGUCCUGGGCUGUACUGUGGAGCUCCCAGACAUCAGCUGCAAGAAGUUUCUGGAUCAGCUCAUCGGCUGCUUCUGCUUUUACAAUGGACCUGUCUCUCUGGCUUACCAGAAUUUUUCUCAGGAAGAACUGAGCGUGCAGUGGGACGCCUUCAUUGAGCAAAUUCUGCAAAACACCAGUGAUCUGCAUAAGAUAUUCAAUUCCCUUUGGAACUUGGACAGAACGAAAGUGGAACCCCUGCUGCUGCUGAAAGCCACCCUCAUCCUGCAGACCUGCCAGCGCUCGCCUCACAUCCUUGCCGGCUGCAUCCUCCACAAGGGCCUGAUUGUUAGCACCCAGCUACCGCCAUCCCUCACCGCCAAGGUCCUGCUGCACCAUGUGGCACCUCACGACAAGUUCGCUUACUGCAGAGUCUGCAGCAGGGGAAAUCCGCUGAGACUGGCCAUAGAGGGCACCGUGGGGGUGCUGAUGCAGUUCACCAUACCAGAACCCCAUCCCAACCCCAUCCCUCGGGAGCACCUACGAGGCCGGCUGUCCUGCAGGGACAGGUGGACAUCUCCCUUCUACACAGCCGUGGGUCAUGGGGCCCAAGUGGGCUCAUUCCUUGCUGCCCAGCGCCAUCAGGGCAUGAACCUAUCUGGGCUGGCAGGAGCAGAGCUUCCCCCCAAUGUGCAGGUCAUGCCUGUGUUUGUGACCGAAGAGGAAGCCACUGGUCUCUGUGAGUUCAUGGUGGAGCGGGUGCCAAGUACUGGGGUACCAUCUCCCUUAGCUUCCCAGCAGCAACCUGCAGAAGGGAACCCUCCCAGGGAGAAGCAGCACACUGGGGCCACUGAGAACAGUGCGGGCCCUCUUGCCGGGCCCCUCCUGAGGAUGAGUCUGUACACGCACAGUGUCAAGGGCUUGGUGCUGGCCCUGCUGGCCAAGGAGCCGCUGCUGGGGGAUGACUCGGCCAUCAAGGAGGUGUACCAUGGCAGCCUGGCCUCCUUGAACGGGCUGGAGGUUCAUCUGAAGGAGAUGCUCGCCCAGAACCAGGCUGCCCCAGGGAGCAGUGCCUACAACUUUACCCACUACGACAGCAUUCAGAACAUAUUGACAGCCAACCUGCCGCCAGUAGCCACAGCCCAGGAUCGCCGCUUCCUGCAGGCCGUCAGCCUGGUUCAUUCUGACUUUGCCCAGCGGCCUGCACUCUACGAGGUGACGGUCAGGAAUGCCUCCACAGCUGUGUACGCCUGUUGUAACCCCGUCCAGGAGACCUACUUCCAGCCGCUGGCCGCCCAGCCCCAGAGCUCGGGUUUCCCCAGUCCCCAGGAAGGCGCCUUUGGCCUCGCAGGCAAAGCCAAGCAGAAGCUGCUCAAGCACGGCGUGAACCUGCUCUGA